UCUCAUUUUAUGAUGCCUACGAAUUUUGAAUUACAAUAGUUAAUAGUUAUUAUUUAUUAUUAAUAUUUAACUUAUCGUUUACACUUAACAUACGUUUGUCGGUUUAUAUCUUGAAAUUGUAAUUUUAUUUUUAUUAUUGUAUACAAGUUUUAUGUUUACCAACUAAUUAAUCUCAAUAAAAUAAUUGAACCAGAAGAACGAAUCAGUUUACAUACGUACAUACAAAAAUGUUGUUUUAUUCGUUUUUCAAGUCGCUUGUUGGAAAGGAUGUUGUAGUUGAAUUGAAAAAUGAUCUGAGUAUUUGCGGAACAUUACACUCAGUAGAUCAGUAUUUGAAUAUUAAAUUAGUUGAUAUCAGCGUCACCGAUCCUGAGAAAUACCCACAUAUGGCAUCUGUGAGAAAUUGUUUUAUACGUGGGUCAGUGGUUCGAUAUGUACAAUUGCCUGCUGAUGAAGUUGACACACAGUUAUUGCAAGACGCUGCUCGUAAAGAAGCAACAAUAGCUCGAUAAUAUAUAAGUUUGUAAACUAUAAUAAUAUGUAAUAUUUAAGAAGUAAUAUACUAAUUAAGUGAACAAAUUGAGAUUAUUACUUCAUCAUUGAUAGUUGGUGUGGAAAAUUAAGUUAUUUGUGUUACUUAACUUUGCAUCUUGUUUUUGUGCAUUGGUCCUUAAAUACUUACAAAAUAUGAGAUGUUAAUUUGUUAGAAAAUUAAAUUUUGAAUAAAAAAAUCAAAAAUCAAUGUAAAUUAGAGGAUCUCUUCUAGAAAAAAAAAUCAAUAUCCAGUUCUCAAUGCCAUCAUUUUUUUCCUCGUUGGUCGUGUUUUUAAGCCGAAAAUAAGGCCGCGACCGGGUUUUUUAAAUACAUGUUGGUCAAAUUUAUAGCUUUUUUCUAUAAAAUUAUUAUAAAACAGGUUAAAAAUAAAACAAUUUUUAUCGAA